UCCGAGGAACCGCGGCCGACGGAGUCGCCCAGGCCUUAGGGAUGGAGAAGACGCGGGACACAGACGCGCUCAGAGGCAGGAUGGAAGCCGAGGGCUCCCCGAACUCCGAGGAACUGCCCCCGCAUCCUCAGUCCCCGCCACCGCCGCCGUCCCCAAGGCCUCCCACGUCCCCGGUGACCCCCGAGCGCCCGCAGCCCAAUGCACCGACUGAGGUCGAAGCCAGGCAGCUGCUGGUAGAGGAAUGGGGGCCCCUGAGCGGGAAGCUGGAGCUGCCCCCGAGGAUCAGCUGGCAGCUGCUGUUCCUGGAGCGGCCGCUCUACCGCAACCUGCUCAGCUCCCCCAACCCGGAAGGCAUUAACAUCUACCAGCCGGCGCCCCCUACGGGCCCCACCCGGAAACCCCUGAAGGAGCUGGGUAAUUUCCGCGGAUGGUACAUUACUACCGAGAACCUCCAGGGGCCCCUCAGCUGGACAGUGAAGGAGCAGUGUGUGAACCUGCUGGCCAAGAAGCUGUGGGAGGAGCUUCUGGAUGACGAGCAGCCCGACAUCACCGUCAUGGACUGGUUCGAGGACAGCCGCCUAGACCAGUGUGUUUACGAGCUGCACGUCUGGCUGUUAGCGGGGGACCGCCGCACGGUCAUUGCCCAGCACCACGUGGCCCCUCGGACCAAUGGGAGAGGACCCCCCGGCCGCUGGGUCCAGGUGUCCCACGUCUUCCGCCAGUACGGCCCCGGAGUCCGCUUUGUCCACUUCCAGCACAAGGCUAAGAACCGCAUGGAGCCUGGGGGGCUGCGGAGGACGAGGGUGACCGACUCCUCCGUGUCUGUGCAGCUCCGGGAGUGACCUCUGAUGGGGCUCGCGAGUCUCUCGUGAUCGAUCCUUAGUCUACAGACCCCUCCUCACACCCGACCCCUCCUCGCCUCCUUGAUGUCUCCUUACCUUCUUCGGCCUGACCCCUCUUUACCGCCCUGAGCCGUCCUCCCUGAGCCGUCCUCAGCCCUCUGACCUUGACCCACUCCCUACUCUCUCAUCCCUAUGCAUCCUCCCACCCUCCUCCUCCCAGACCUCAUCCUUCUGACCUUUCCUCCCCUUCAUGACCCUGAGACUCGCCCCCACCCUCCGUCUCCUUCCCCCACCC